AGGUUCAUGAGGCGGAUAAAGUGAUGGAGGAGUUUUCAACUUCCGAAUUCCAAUCGCGGUUCCAAGCUUAUGGAAGCGUCUCUACUUCCCCCGGAGGCCGAAAGCGUUUCUCAAGGGUCCACGUCAUCGCGAUUGGUGGCGCUGUUGUGGUCGCGAUCGCCGUGGCUUCCUUCUUUGUGCCCUCAGGCUCAGGGAAGCAGAGCAGCUCGAAGAAUGAGAUGCUGAAGCUGAAAGCUAAGGACAAGAUUCAUUCGCGUCACAUCAAGUCAAGCCUAACCGAUACAGGUUUCCUCUCUCAGCAGGACCGAGAUUUCUUUCCGCAGGACGUUAUAGACUCCCUGGACACCAGCGUCGACCCCUGCACAGACUUCUACGAGUUUGCCUGCGGCAAUUGGAUCAACAAUGCGACUAUCCCCAGCUAUCAGCCAGCAUGGGCGAAGCAGUGGGAUGGAGUCACCAAGCAUGUCGAGGCCAUGACCGUUGACUUGCUCAAGAAGGACGCAGGAGUGUCGGGCAAAUUCUUCAGAUCCUGCAUGGACACAGAGACGAUCCAGAAGCUGGGGGCUACACCGCUGGAGCCCUGGCUCAAGAUCGUCGAUGGCAUCGUCGACAACUCGACCCUCCAUAACGCGCUGAUCAAGUUUGCCGUGUCGGAUCUGAACUUGUUCUGGAGCUGGUGGAUUGACUCUGACAGUGAGGAUUCCAGCAUCAACAGUUUCUUCCUCGCGCAGGGAGGCAUCACAAUGCCGGAUCGCGACUACUACCUCAAGCAGAGUGAGGGGAUGCAGAAGCACCGCAAAGUUUACCUCGACCUCGCCGUCACCCUGUUUGGGCUUGCAGGCAGCUCAGAGGCUCGAGCGAGGGAGCUGGCUACGGACAUGAUGGAUGUAGAGACUGCAUUGGCUGCUGCGAUGACUCCAAGAGACCUUGAGAGGAACGAGCAUGGGAAGCGAUACACGGUGGAGGAGCUGUGUGGUAUCGCUCCUGGCAUCGACUGGGCGGGCUGGUUUGACGGCAUCGGGGUGAAGGGGGUUGGCAGCAUGCCUGUUGGAUACUUGGUGGUCAAGAACGAGAAAUUCCUCUCGGCGCUUUCAGGAAUCAUGAUGAACAUGGGGUUGAAGAAGCUCAAGAGCUACAUGAGGUGGCAGCUUGUUUACAGCUACUCUCCCUUUUUGAGCAUUGAAUUCGAAAACGCUCUCCUCAAGUACAAUCAAGACCUUUACGGCAUUUCUGUGCUCCCACCGCGCCACAAAAAGUGCUUCUUCAGCACGAAUGGAGCGAUGGACAUGCAUGUGAGCAAGCUCUUUGUGGAAACAUACUUCCCCGAGCAAGCUCGAGAUAAUGCCCUUGAGAUGCUGCACGAGAUUCGCGAUCGCUUCAAUGCCAGCUUGUCAAGAAAAGAUUGGAUGGAUCCCAUCACCCGGCAGAAGGCGAUGGUGAAACUGCAGCAAAUGUUCAUGGAAGUUGGUCACCCUACAGUCUGGCCCGCCUCGACAUAUGAGACUUUCAAUGAAUUUGGAGGGAUCAGAGAGGACACCUACUUUGACAAUUGUGUCACGACCAACUCUUGGGAUGUGAAGAACACCCUGAAGAGACUUGGAAAGAAGGUUGACAAGAAGCGAUGGGGGAGUUCUUCAGCCACAGACGUCAACUCCUACUACAACCGCAAGGUCAACGGCAUCUUCAUCCCUGCCGGGAUCCUCCAGCCGCCCUUCUAUGACCCGAAGCAGCUGGUAGCGCGAAACUACGGCAGUGUUGGAGCCAUCUGCGGGCACGAGAUGACCCAUGGGUUCGAUGACGUGGGACGAGAGUAUGACGGCAAUGGGAACCGCAAUGGGUGGUGGACGCCUGACGUGGUCAAGGCGUUCAAGGAGAGAGCAAAGUGUAUCGAAGUGUUGUUCUCCUCCUACGAGAUUUACGGGGAGCAUGUCAACGGCAAGCUCACGCUGGGAGAGUCCAUUGCCGACAGCGGAGGGCUGAAGUUCGCCUGGGAGGCCUUCUUGUUCAAGUACAACCCCGACGAGAGCAUGAAGCGAUUGUUCUUCGUCGCCAUGGGUCAGACAUGGUGCGAGAAAACUCGAGUUGCAAGCGCCAAGAACUCGCUACUCACGGACGAGCAUCCUCCGAACAAGUACCGCGUGAUUGGGACUCUCAGCCAGUUCGAUCCCUUCUCGGAGUCUUUCGGAUGCCCCGCAGGCUCGGCGAUGAAUCCGAUCGCUAAGUGUCACUUGUGGUGAUAUGGUUUGAAAUCAGAUUCUUCUGUGUAUAUAGCUUCUAAUUUGUGAGCCUGUGAUGUGCGCUGGUCCGUCCUCCUCUGUCUGUUAUUCUUUCUCGUCUUGCUGUGCCAAGGCACUUUGUGCUGAACAAGAUGAAGUAUUAAAGUAUCUCCGCCUUCC